UUGCAAUUAAUUUGGUAACUGAAUUUGAAUUUGAAUUUGAAUUUGGAAAAUCAAAAUUGACACAAUUAGAACAAGUAGAAGAGGAAAAAGAAGGAGAAAACGGGUGGGGAGGCAUAUAGGAACAUUAUGAACCUACCCUUCUCGUGUUCUUAGUCUCAUUGUGCCUCCCCUCAGAUCUUAGUUUUAUGAUUGCUUGAUUGUGGAUUGAUUCACUGGUCGGUGAAGGAUCCGAUGUUUCCUAAUUGAAUCCGAGAAUACCCUUUUUUAGAGUAAACUAAUAUUGUCAUAAUUUUAAGAUAAAAUGCAAUCAGAUAAUGGCAAAUUAUUUAUUGGUGGAAUAUCAUGGGAUACAAAUGAAGAGCGGCUCAAGGAGUAUUUUAAUAAUUAUGGGGAGGUCAUGGAAUCAGUGAUAAUGAAGGAUCGGACAACAGGUAGAGCCCGGGGAUUCGGUUUCAUUGUUUUUUCUGACCCAGCUGUUGCUGAAAGAGUCAUAAAAGAGAAGCACAACAUUGAUGGAAGGAUGGUUGAGGCAAAGAAAGCUGUCCCUAGAGAUGACCAGAACAUACUGAGCAGAAACAGUGGCAGUGUACAUGGUUCUCCAGGUCCAUGCCGCACAAAAAAGAUAUUUGUUGGAGGUUUAGCAUCAACAGUAACAGGGAGUGAUUUCAAAGAGUACUUUGAUCAGUUUGGGAAUAUAACAGAUGUUGUAGUGAUGUAUGAUCAAAACACUCAGAGACCAAGAGGGUUUGGAUUUAUCACUUAUGAUUCUGAGGAAGCUGUUGACAAAGUCUUACUCAAUACUUUUCAUGAAUUGAAUGGUAAGAUUGUAGAGGUCAAGCGGGCAGUUCCUAAGGAGCUAUCUACAGGACCAAACCACAGCCCACUUGGAGGAUAUAACUAUGAUCUUAGUAGGGUUAGUAGCUUCUUAAAUGGCUUCACUCAGGGAUAUACUCCAAGUAAUGUUGGAGGGUAUGGCCUUCAGGUGGAUGGUAGAUUCAGUCCUGUUUCUAGUGGUCGAAGUGGAUUUGCUCCAUUUGGUUCUGGUUAUGGAAUGGGUAUGAAUUUUGAGUCUGGUUUGAACCCUGAAUUUGGGGCAAAUGCGAAUUUCAAUAGUAAUCUUAGCUAUGGUCGAGGAUUAAACUUAAAUCCUUAUUAUAUUGUCAGUUCAAAUAGGUCUAGUAGUCCUAUCGGGUACGAUGGUGGCAAUGGUGGAAACAAUUCUUUCUUCAGCUCUGUGACUCGAAAUUUGUGGGGGAAUGGUGGCCUUAGUUAUGGAACAAGCUCUGCUAGUUCCAGCGCAUACAUUGGAUCAGGGAGUGGGAGAGUUGGAGGAAACACAUUUGGCAAUACUGGAGUCAACUGGGGUUCUUCAUCAAUUUCUGUUCUAGGGGGAGGGAACAAUGUAUCACAAAGUAGUGGCAACCUUGGCUUUGGAGGUGCAGGCAACAAUUAUGGUUUGGGGACUGGAGGGUACGCAAGAAGCAGGGGUACCAAUAUACCCCCAAUGUCGUCGUACUCUGUGUCAAAUGGUGGUUACGAUGGGGCUUUUUCUGACUUUUACAAUAGUAGUUCAGUUUAUGGUGACCCCACUUGGCAAUCUUCAAAUUCUGGGCGAGAUGGAUCUGGUCCCUUUGGUUAUGGACUUGGCGGUGCAGCUUCAGAUGUUUCUACCGAAAGUUCUCCAGGUUAUGUUGGAGGCUAUACAGUUAAUAAGAGGCAGCCAAAUAGGGGAAUUGCUACAUAGGAUGAUCAUUUCGAAGACAGGAACUUAUAGGUAAAAGAUAAUCCAGUGAAGCAGGUGAAUUGUGAAUUUUGCACACCACUGUUACUGUAUUUCGGUAAAGACAUAAGAUGUUUGGUUAUCUAGAGUUAAUUGGAUUACUUGUUUUGAGGAUUCAGUUACAGAGAAUAGAAGUUACAAGAAGUGUUAAUGCUUGAGUUUUUUUAGUUACUGUUUCUUUUUUUCUUUUUCUUUUUUAAUUUUGAGUUACUGUCUAGGUUUUUGAGAUUUUGGGAUUUGAGUGAAAUGUAAAAUCUGGUUGCAGGAUAUAGUGGAACUGUAUCAUGCAUCACUUGUGA